AUGUACAGGCGAACGGGCGCCAGGCAAUCGCCAGAUGGGGAUGUCGAUCCGCUGCUAGUGCUGCCCACCCGCGCAGAGCCGCCCCGGCCCGCCCCUCGGCGGAGGAGCUCCCCCAUCUCAAGCCUUGCCGUUGUGGGGGGCCUGCUGCUGUGCGUCUGGGCCUUCACCACCGGCCACCUGAUCUGGAGCGCCACGCCGCAGCGGGGCGCCUCCUUCCGCCGCGGCGGCGCCGCUGCCGCCGCCGCCCCCUCGCUGCCCGUCGACAAGCGUCGCCUGCCCGACGGCACCUGGGCGCCCACGCUGCUGGUCUACGUCUUCUCCAACACCGACCCCGAGUACCUCAACAACCUCAACUUCUUCGUCAAGUUUGGCAUGGCGGCAGACGACGGCGUGACUUACGUGAUUGUGGUGCAGGAGCAGGAGGGCCAGCCGAAGCCUGACCUGCCGGCUCUGCCCACCAACGCGCGCUACGUCUUCCACAAGAAUGAGUGCUUCGACUGGGGCACCAUCGGCUGGGUCUUCUCCAGCGGCCAGGUCAAUGCAGAGGACUACAAGUUCUUCAUCUUCAUGAACUCCAGCGUGCGGGGGCCCUUCAUCCCGCCCUACGCGCGGAGCGGCACUCGCUGGCACGACCUGUUCUUCAACAAGCUGUCAGACCACGUGAAGCUGGUGGGGCCCACCAUCAGCUGCGAGGGCUCGCCCUGGCAGGGCAACCCCAAGGGCGAGUGGCGCACCAACCCGCACGUGCAGUCGUAUGUGCUGGCGACAGACAAGGUGGGGCUGGAUGUGUGGGUGCGUGACGGCAACGUGUUCACCUGCUGGACCAGCAUGUGGGAUGUCAUCUGGCACGGGGAGCUGGGCAGCAGCCUGGCGCUGCUCAACGCAGGGUUUGGGCUGGACAGCUUCAUGAUGCGGUACCAGGGGGUGGACUGGCUGGACAAGGACAACUGGCGGUGCAACAAGCAGGCCAACCCGUAUGGCGAAAACUACCUGGACGGCGUGUCGCUGAACCCCUUUGAAGUCCUGUUUGUGAAGGAGCGGGUGGUGCAGAACGACUGGUCGUUUGCGGUACAGGCCAAGAAGUACACAGAGUGGAUGGAGGCGCAGGCAUCAGGCAAGCCCGAUGUUGUCAGCAACGUGUACCGGGACGACCCCAAGCCCUUCCGCUACCCGCGCCUGGCGUGGAUGCAGGUCCGUGGCCCCGACUGCUGGGACGAGAAGUACUACCUCCAACAAAACCCAGACCUCAAGCACUACACCACCAAGGAGGAGCUGUGGGGCCACUUCCUGCGGGGCGGCGCGUACGAGGGCCGCGGCUUCCGCUUCACCUGCCCCUACGACCCCAUGGCCGGCCAGCAGGAGGAGGAGCAGGAGCAGCAGCAGCAGCAGCAACAGCAGCAGCAGCAGCAGCAGCAGUAG